CGAGCAACUGUUUCGUUUUUUAAUGUCAACCCUUGGGACAUCGUCUCCACUUCGAUACCCGCAGGAGAGGAACUCCGCAGGCAGCUCCAAAGGCAAGUCCCGAGCUUCGGAAGGAGUUGGAUUCCCCCAUGGUAUGAGCCCCUGGGCGUGUUUUUUUCGUUCAGCCGAAAUAUUUCCGCGAAAAACAUUCCCGCAUGGAAUUAGGUACUUCCUCACAUCCCCCCAUCGAGGACCUUUUGGGAAUAUUCUCCAACAGUCCCAAAGUAUUCGAAUAUUCCCAAAUAUUCAAAGCCGACGCAGGUUGCAAGAGGGUCCCCUCAGGCGUUACCAGCAUAAAAUAAUACUCUUCCCGCGCGAUGUUCUUGAUUUCGCCGCGAAUCUCUUCCCAUUUGCGCUGCGUGACGGUUCAGCAGAGUACCGCCAGGCCCUCUCUUCUUACAUUAAUUUCAUCACGCGGCUCUCCGUUCCUCUCGUGAGUGUUCUGCGGCAUGUUGUCCGCCACCCAUCUCUUGCGCCUUGGGCUCUUCCGCCAGUCCCUCUAAGAUUAGUGGCGGCCUUUGUCGGUUUUCCUCCACGGCUGGCGGAAGUCCCUGAGCAGCUCGGGGACUUUGGCGGGGCUUGCGACCGGGGAAACGCGUGGGGGAGCUGCCUGCUUGGAGCCCGGGUUUUCAUCUAUGACCAGGACAAAAUGGGCAAUGUGGAAAAAGAUAGAAACCAAUCCUGAGGCUUUUGGUUUUUUAGGUGGUUUGGCUAGUUGCUUAGUAGCUUGGCUUCGCGCUCCCGCCCACAAGACAGAUGGCGCGACGUUCCGUCUUACGGCCGAAGGCCGCCAGGGACGACGGGGCAAAGACUUGGCCGCGCGCUUCCGCCCGCGAGACAGAUGGCGCGUCGUCCCUUCUGGCGGCCGAAGGCCGCCAGGGACGUUGGGGCAAAGGCGUGGCGGCGCGCUUCCGCCCGCGAGACAGAGGGCGCGCCGUCCCCUCUGGCGGCCUUGGCCGCCAGGGACGAUGGGGCAAACGUUUGACCGCGCGCUGCCGCCGCCCCCCCGCCCCCCUUAUACAGGGUUAAAUCGGGAGAGACGGGCGCCCCCCCGCCCCGCUUAUACAGGGAUAAACAGGGAUAGACGAGGUGACCAUUCGGCGAUCGCGCGUAUGCGACGGAGAUCGUAGCGUGCGGACACCCGUACCGAAAAGGCCCCGCAACUUCCUAAUCGUUUAACCUUGUGUGAUUUGCCCCAUCGUCACCCGGGCUACGGCCGAGUGUGAAGGCCGGAGCGUGGAACAGAGAAAGCCGCGCGCCGGUUGGUUACGUAUUUGCCCCAUCGUCCCCGGCGGCCUACCGCCGCCAGAGGGGACGGCGCGCCAUCCGGCCUACGGCCGAGUGUGUAUUUGCCCCAUCGUCAGGCGCGACCGGCAGCGCGCCUGCCAGAGUAACAACGCAGCUCCCACUAUCUAACAUAGUCGCCCAUGCUUGUCGCAGCGCGGCGCGGACGAGUUCAAACUCCUGGAUCCUGAUGAACAGCCGGAAACGAAAAAGGAGAAGAAGCAAAGGCCAAGGCAAGGGGAAGCGCGCUGAGCUGACCGCGGAGACCGUCGGACCUGCUGCCGGGGAUGUGCCUGAGGAGAGUCGCGCGGGGCCUCGCGGCUGUGGAGGGAAGAGAGCGAGAGCCGAAGACGAGACGGACGCGGACCCAAAAAGCCGAAGUCAGUAAAGGGCAAAAGGGUUGGCGAAACCGAUAAGAAGAUAGGAGAAGACUGAAGAAGGACGUCGAGGAGCUGCGGGAGGCCUCUCUGGCGGUGGACCAGGACCGGUCGGGCGUCUUGUCCAAGGCGGAACUGCGGGAGGCGCUGUUUUUGGAGGGCACCACGAUCACGAUGAGCGACGCCGAGUUUGACGCGUUGUUUGAGCAGCUGGACGCGGACGGCUCGGGCACGGUGACCUACACCGAGUGGCUCGCCUUCGUCUUCGAAAGGAGCUUACUGAAGCACGAAGAAACCAUCCAGAAAGCCUUCCAGUAUUUCGACCUGGACGCGUCCGGGGAAAUCUCCUUUGAGGAACUGUCCACGGUCGUGGGGAACGACGAGGAGGAGGCGGGACGGAUCCUGCAAAAGUUGGACACCAACAAAAGCAACAGUGUCUGCUACGAAGAGUUUAAAAAAGUCGUUCUGGAAUUGGCGUGA